GUCAAUGACUAAAUGCCUUUUCCAUUUGAUUCUGCAGAGCUCUGGGGGUACUAACUCUAUAUUCAUUGUCUCAUUGUCUUAGGAGUCACUGCUGGGAAAUCACGCACGGCUGAAAAAUCAACGUGAACACAGAGUUGACAUUUGUUUGAGUCACAAAAAUGUGCGUUCCUGUCAUAGGAAUACAAACUAUGACUUCAUGAAUAUUUUUGUUUCAUGAAGUAUCAACAUGAAAAAUGACACAGAAGUCACCACAUUUGUACUGAAGGGCUUCACAGACAAUCGUGAACUUCAGGUCGUCUUAUUUUUUCUGUUUCUAGCAAUCUACCUCUUUACUCUGAUAGGAAAUUUAGGACUGGUUGUAUUGGUCAUUGUGGACUCCCGGCUCCACAACCCCAUGUACUAUUUUCUGAGUGUCUUAUCUUUCUUGGAUGCCUGCUAUUCCUCAGUGAUAACCCCAAAUAUGUUAGUGGGUUUUAUGUCAAAGAAUAAAGACAUUUCAUUCCUUGGCUGUGCAACACAAAUGUUUUUCAGUGUUAUGUUUGGGACCACAGAAUGCUUUCUCUUGGCAGCAAUGGCUUAUGAUCGGUAUGUAGCAAUCUACAACCCACUUCUCUAUUCAGUUAAUAUGUCACCCAGAGUCUAUGUGUCACUCAUCACUUCUUCAUAUGUUGGUGGUAUUUUGCAUGCUACCUUGCACACAGUGGCAACUUUUAGCCUCUCCUUCUGUGCAUCCAAUGAAAUCAGACAUGUCUUUUGUGAUACCCCUCCACUCCUUGCUAUCUCCUGUUCUGACACUCACAUCAACCAGCUUCUACUCUUCUACGUUGUGGGUUUUAUUGAGAUAUUCACCAUCCUGAUUGUCCUGAUCUCCUACGGUUUCAUUUUGUUAGCCAUUCUGAGAAUGCGAUCUGCUGAAGGAAGGCAAAAAGUGUUUUCCAUUUGUGGCUCUCACCUAACUGGAGUGUCAAUUUUUCAUGGAACAAUCCUUUUCAUGUACGUCAGACCAAGUUCCAGCUCUACUUUGGAUCAUGACAUGAUAAUGUCAAUAUUUUACAGUGUUAUGAUACCCAUGCUGAAUCCCAUUAUCUACAGUUUGAGGAACAAAGAUGUAAAAGAAGCGAUGAAAAAAGGGUUUGGGAGAAAUUGGCUUAUCAAUAAAGUAUGUUUUCAGCACUAAAUAUGAAAAAAAAAAUCAAGAGUCAUGGCAUAUGCCUCCAUGUGAAGAAGAUAUGACAAAGAUGGAAUUUUUGUUUCAGUUUAUUAGUGUCUUUCUAUUCUUCUUCAAAAUUUUGAAAUAAAAAUUAUAGAGAACCCUCAUCCUAGGCUAUUUUAUCACAUACUGAAAAGCUAUGCCAUCAAUUUGCUUCUAUGUUCAUACUGAUUUACAUGUAUAUGUGCAGGUG